AUGUCUGGUAUCACCGUGCUAACGUUGUUAACCAUGGGGCUACUGGUGUCCAACACUAAAUCAAUUUUCGAGUUUAACGACAUAUACGACCCGACGUUCAGACCAAAAUCAUUCAAUCCCACUUGGAUAUCAGAGGAGGAAUUUUAUUACACGAACAAGUCCAACGACAUCGUACUAUUCAACGCCAAGAACAGAAACGUGUCCGAGGUCAUUUUGGCCAAUAAAACUAGGCCGGAAGGUGUGGAAUUUCUGUUAAUGGCACCAGAUCCUUUAUAUUACAAAACACACUUCGUCUACGGAAAAGAUUAUAAAAAGAACUGGAGGCAUUCAUAUUCUGCCAUCUAUUACAUUUUCGAUAAAAAUGGAAACAAAACUUACCAUCUACCGAAGAAUGAUACGGAGGGUAAUAUGAGAUUAGACUUUGUGACUUGGGCACCCAAAGAAGAGAGAUGGUCAUACGUUUAUAGAAACAAUUUGUAUUACCAAGCUGGUGUUGAUGGUACCGUGCGCCAGAUAACGCACACAGAUAAUGUCAAAGAACCAUUCAAAUACAAUGGAAUUCCAAAUUGGCUUUACGAAGAGGACGUCUUAAGUUCGCGAGUAGCUCAAUACUGGUCACCAGAUGCCAAAUAUCUUUGCUACGCUACGAUUGUUGAUGAUCCAAACUAUACACAACAGUGGCCCAUCUUUAAAAACCACAGCUAUGUUUAUGAGGAUUGGGUCAAAAUAACUUAUCCAAAAGCCGGAUUUAAAGAUCAUGCGGGCAAAGUUGUGUCGACCUCAAAUGUGACCCUGCAUGUUUUCUUCGAAGAUCCAAAUGCCAAAGGAAAAAUAAUAACACUAAAACCACCAAAAAAUUUAAUUGGAGAGUACCACUACUAUUUACAAGUUGUUUGGAAAACGGAAACGGAAGUUUUUGUGACGUGGACCAAUAGGAAACAGAGCAUUCAAUAUGACGUCAUCUACGAUGUCGCUAAAGAGGGAGAGCCCAAAUGGGAGGUACAGUUUGAAGAGCAGACAAAAGGGUGGAUUGAAGUGCCCCCAGCGAGACCUGUUUUUCUGGAUGGCAAACCUGGCUACUUCACCAUACAACCAAUUUAUAACAGUGAGAAAAAGCAAACAUGGCGUCACAUAGUGCACGUUGAUCCAACUAUAGCCCCGGGUGACCAGAUUACUGACAUGAUGCCGGGCAAGCAGAUGACUGUGGACAGCGUUGUCGGUAUCGAUAAUAAGAAUGACAUCCUCAGCACCAACCACGCCGACAACAACAACAACCACAACGCCAACAACAACACCAACAACAACCACAACAACAACCACAACAACAACAACAACACCAACAACAACCACAACAACAACAACAACCACAACGCCAACGACAACACUAAAAACAACCAAAGACCAGCCACUGCUAGUGACGUCUGUCUGACGUGCAAUAAUAAUGAUUGCAAAUAUUUUGGCGCCAAUUUUGGACCAAACGCCAGGCAUUAUUUUAGGAAUUGUUUGGGGCCAGAUGUGCCCAAGUAUACCCUGGUGGGGUCGAACACUACACAGGAGGUUUCGAAGCGGUUCGAAAUGGGCUCGAGGACCAAAAAUUGGCUCCAGCACCUGGCGAGCAAGUACAGAAUUGCUGUUGCCUCCAUAGAUGGUAGGGGCACUCUAGGGCAGGGGGAGGAGCUAAAAUUUAAAAUUUAUAAAAAAUUAGGGGUCGUAGAAGUCGAAGAUCAAAUCAAGGGCGUCAGUCACAUGAUGAAAGAAUCAGAGUUCGUUGACGACAAAAAGCCUGCCGCUAUUUUUGGCUGGAGUUACGGAGGUCACACAGCGGCCCACGUACUGGCCCAGAAUAACACGCACUUCAAUUGCGCUAUAUCAAUCGCUGCCGUUACAAGCAAAGGAUUUUAUGACACAGCAUACAGCGAACGUUACUUAGGUCUGGUUACCGAAGAAAAUGGAACAAUGGCCUAUGAGAACACAAACGUCGUCAAGAAGGCCAAGCAGUUUAAGGGCAAGAAUUUUUUCAUUGCACACGGAUUGGCUGAUGAUAAUGUUCAUUACACGAACUUCGCCCAAUUCAUAAAAGAGCUGGAAAUGAACGACGUUGACUUUACUCAGAUAACCUACCCUGACCAGGACCACUCCAUAACCGAUGAGCAUCUCUCCCGCCAUCUCUACAGAUCAAUGACGAAAUUUUUAGUCGACGACUGCUUCCAGUUGCCCAGUUCCGGUGGCAUGGCAACACUCCACUUUUCAACUAUUAUGACGUCAUUAAUAACACAUUAUUUAUAUAAUUUGUCUAUGCCCAUGAAUGCCGUUUACGUGACGUCAUCCGAAUAA